CUAUCUUCCUAUACCUUAUCUUCUUGCCACUGACAGAGGUAUGUAACUUCUGUGGCUCUCCUCUCGCUCCUCCCUCUUCGAAAUAAAUCCAUAUCCUCCCUCUCCUUUGAAUCCAAAGUAAUAACACGGUUUUUCAUGGAUUCGUUGCUCAACCCCGCCUCCCUUUCCGCUGCAACGGAGGCGCUUUCUCCGCCCUCUCUCCGCAUCCGCGCGCCAAUUUCGUCCGACGAAAACGAGCCGCUGCUGGUACUGGAGGAGGAGGAGGAGGAGGAGGAGGCGGCGGAGUUGGCGGAGGAAUUUAACACCGCCUCUGACGCCGACGAAGAGAGCGUCGGCUCGUCGGAGGUCAUCGUGUUGCCCAAAGGAGCUGGCUUGCCGAGCAAUUCCUGGAUGCCUAAAGCUAAGCCCUCUGGGGACGGGGAAUCCGAUGAGGAGCUGGUCGAGGAGGAUGAAGAAAAUGAGUUAUAUGAAGAUUUUGAUGAGAUUUACGAUGCUAUGAGUGUGGAAGAUGGGUUGGGAGAUGGUUCGCCAUCUGAAAACUUCAAUAUUGAGGAUGGUUCACGAGAUGUGAUUACCGGUGUUGAGGAGAAAGAACCAGCUCAGGAUGACACUCUUCAAAGAACAGAAGAAGAGAGGCAAAUCGAGGAUGAGGGAGCCACAGAGGAUGAGAAAGUCGAGAAUUUUCCCAUUGAGUUGGGAGAAAUUUCCAGUCCAGGUAUUAAAGCUGUUCCACUUGUUGAUACACUAGAAAAGGAACCAGUAGACAUCCACUCCAUGGACGGUCACAUUACAGAAGCCUCGCCGGGGAAGGGUGAUGUGAUGAGUAGUAGUAGUACUGAAGGACCUUUUGAUGUUGUGGAUGAUAAGGUAGCUGUCAUCGCAUUUGAGGCAGGUUCUGAAAUUGUGGAUGUUCCUGCAAAUUUUGAGGGUGUUCAUUCAUCCGUUCAUGAGAUAAGGAAAAAUAUUCAAAAGACUGAAUUGGAUGUGAAUGCCCCUGAGGUGCACUGUGAUAAUACCUCCGUGCCUGUCUCAGAUUUAGAUGGAUCAGUUCCAUAUGAGCAAUCUCUAUCUGCUACUGCCAAUGAAUCUGAAAGGGAGGAGCUAGAGGUUAAAGGAGAUGAGUCUAAGGAUAGCAAAGCUCAAGCGCCAAGUUUGGUACCAGAUGAUUUGGUUAAAUCAAGGACAUUCUUGGCCUCUGAGGCAAUAAAAGAGAUGCUGCAGGAAGUGGAAGGUCUUCCAAAUGGAAGUGCUGAUUCAAAGUUUGACAGCUCAAAGGACAUAGAUGGUAAAAUUGUCUCAGAUUCAGAUGAAGAUACUGUUAGCAAUGUGGAGGAUCCGAAUCAGAUCAUGGAUGUUGAGGCAUUGGUUGCGCUCUUGAAGUCAGCAAGCAGCUCUACUGCUGAUGGAAGGAUUGUUGCCACUUCUCUAGACUCUUAUAGGAGUGCCCUACAUGAUCUUCCAACUGGCUUAGGAUCUUCAUUCCAGCCUCUAAAACCUCCAAUGCACCUCUUACGAGCUAACCCUGUUCCCUCUUCUGAAGUAGCUGUGACACCCGAGCCUGAUAACAACAUGACUGAAGAACAGAAGAAGUUGCAUGAGAAGAUUGAGCAGCUGAAAGUGAUGUUUCUCCGUCUUGUUCAUAGGUUGGGGCUUUCACCUGAAGACCCUUUGGUCAUCCAAGUUCUCUAUCAUCUGAGCUUUGCUGAAGGUAUUCACAGUGGAACGCAAAGACGUCAACCAUUUAAUAAUAUUGAGAGUGCAAAAAGGCUGGCACUGCAGCUUGAAGAGAAUGGCAAAGAGAGUCUAGACUUCUCAUGCAACAUUCUUAUUAUUGGGAAGAGUGGGGUGGGUAAGAGUGCAACCAUUAAUUCCAUUUUCGGUGAGGAGAUGACUCAAACUAGUGCAUUUGAGCCAGCAACCUCUUCUGUCAAAGGAAUCAGUGGAAUGGUAGAUGGGAUUAAAAUUCAUGUAAUGGACACUCCAGGUCUCAGAGCUGCUACUAUGGACCAGGGAUCAAGCAGGAGGAUGCUGACAUCAAUAAAGAAGAACACAAAGAGAAACCCUCCUGAAAUUGUUUUGUAUGUGGAUCGCUUGGACACUGCAGGCAGAGAUCAGAAUGAUUUGCCUCUGCUAAAAUCAAUCACAAGCACUAUGGGUGUGUCUGUUUGGUCCAAUGCCAUCAUCGUUCUCACACAUGCUGGUUCUGCACCUCCUGAGGGACCUAUGGGUUCUCCCUUGAGUUAUGAGGUGUUUGUCGCUAAGCGGACACAUGCUGUCCAGCAGUCCAUUCGGAUAGCUGCUGGAGACAUGCGCUUAAUGAAUCCAGUAGCUCUUGUAGAGAAUCAUCAAUCCUGCAGAAGGAACAGGGAGGGCCAAGGCAUGCUUCCCAAUGGUGUAAUUUGGAGGCCACAAUUGUUGCUGCUUUGUGUUUCUUCAAAGAUAAUAUCAGAAGUCAAUUCCCUUCUAAAGCUUCAGGAUUCUUCUCCUGCAAAGUUGUUUGGACUACAAACUCUGUUCCCGCCACUUCCUUUCUUGUUAUCUUCAUUAUUGCAGCCAAGAGAACAUCCAAAACUGCCCACUGACCAAAGAGUUGACAAUGAUAUUUUUGACGUUGAUUCUGAUGACUUAUCAGAUGAGGAAGAAGAAAAUGGAUAUGAUCAACUUCCUCCUUUUAAGCCCUUGAGGAAAUUGCAGAUUGCCAAGCUCACCAAGGAGCAAAAAAGAGCCUACUAUGAUGAGUAUGAUUACCGGGUGAAGCUUCUUCAGAAGAAACAGUGGAAAGAUGAGCUCAAAAGACGGCAAGGUUUUGGGGAUGAUGAGAUGGUUGAAGACUUUUAUUAUGAUGAUGCCCCAGCAACUGUUCCAAACCCUAUGCCUGAUAUGGUAUUACCACCCUCGUUUGACUGUGAUGCCCCAACAUAUCGAUACCGUUUUCUAGGGCCAACUUCCCAUCUUCAGGUUCGGCCAGUAUUGGAUGCACAUGGCUGGGACCAUGAUUGUGGUUUUGACGGGUUAAACCUUGAGGAGAACCUUGCUUUCGCUGGCCGAUUUCCAACUGUGUUAUCUGCUCAAGUGACCAAGGACAAAAGGGAAUUCAGUAUCCAUGUUGAUUCCUGCAUUGCAGCUAAGCAUGGAGAAGUCGGUUCCACUCUUACAGGUCUCAACAUUCAAGCGAUUGGAAAACAACUAGCUUACACCAUGCGGGGCGAGACCAAACGAAAGACCUCAAAGAAGAACAAGACCACAGGAGGGAUUUCUGUAACCUUCUUGGGGAAAACUAUAACCACUGGAUUAAAAUUUGAAGACCAACUGUCUAUUGGGAAGCAGUUGAGUGUAACUGCAACCACUGGUGCUGUACGAGCACAAGGUGAUAUUGCUUAUGGGAUAAAUUUGGAAGCACGUUUGCGAGACAAGGAGUAUCCCAUUAGCCAAGGGCUUUCGACCUUGGUGAUCUCUCUGAUGAGGAUGCGUAAUAACUCGAUUUUGGGUGCAAACUUUCAGACUCAGAGUCCUGUUGGAAGACACUCGAAGGUGGUGGUUCGUGUCGGCCUGAACAACAAGAUGAAUGGGCAGAUCAUCAUCAGGAUGAGCACCUCAGAAAAUCUUCAAAUUGCAUUAGUGGGUAUUAUACCCAUUGCUCUUUCUAUGCUCAAGAGCAUGAUAUAUGGUGAUGAAACCACAUAUUAGCUAGAUUUGGUAGCAAGUUUGAGUCCUGAAAAGUUCCACAAAUAGUGUUGAUGCUCAAUCUAUGAAUUUCCAUUUUGUUAAAAACCUUUGCAGGUAUAUAUGGUCUAUUGUUUAUUUCCUAAAAUUUGUAGGGAUGAUGAGUUGGAACUAAUGAGGCAGUAAGUCACUUUCAUUCCAUACUUGGGUUUUCAUUAAUGUGCAAGUCAUUUGGUUCCCUUU